CCCCAUCUCUUUUCUGCUCUUUCCCUCUCCUUUCCUUGCUCUCUUCUUCUCUAUAUAUUUAUAUUUAUAUUUCCCUCCUUCCAAACACAAAUCUGCCUCUCCCCCAUUUCUAAAUAGUAUCAAACAUGUUGAAGAUGGAAGUGUUAGUACCUCCACCUACCAUGGAUUUCGACUUCAAUGAUGCAAGACCUAUGCCAUUCUUGAGCGCUCCUUCUACUCCCAAACGUUUUGGCGAUUGCUCCCUCAGUGCUCCCACUAGUCCUUCACGGGUCGCCGACUUCUAUCGUCGUUUUGAUGAAUUCGCCUCGGAUGCAAACUCUACACCUGUAUCGCCCAAGGCUGCUGCUGCGCCUAAUAAUAGUGGUGGAGAUGAUUUCGCUUUUGAUUUCAGGUCUGAACUGGAAGAGAAUUCUCUCUCCGCUGAAGAACUUUUUGACGGUGGCAAAAUCCGGCCCUUGAAGCCUCCUCCUAGAUUACAGACGGAGGAGAGAAGUCCGCUUUUAUCACCGAGGUCACCCAGAUCACCUAUAGCUCAAGGGAAAAGGAUUAUAAGUGAGGUUUUUUCUCCGAGAAAGAAGAAAGAUUCAGAUCCGUUUGCUAUUGCUGUUAAAAAUACUCGAAAGAGAACCGAGAAUGAUGGUCGAAGGAGAACUGAAAAUGAUAGAGGUAGAGAGAGAGGUCCAGCGUUAGCAUCGAGUUCCAGCCGCAGAGCUACAAGAUCGCUUUCUCCAUAUAGAGUUUCAGAAUAUCCGUGGGAAGAAGAAGAAAGAACGCUACGAGAAACCACCAAACAAACAGCAGCUCCCAAUUCAAAAGCUUCACUGUCAUCAAAUUCUUCUUCUUCUUCUUCUUCUUCCUCUUCGUCUUCCUCAUCUACAAAGAGUGCUUCUAGAAAGUGGAGGUUGAGGGAUUUCUUGCUGUUCAGAAGCGCAUCUGAGGGAAGAGCAGCGGAUAAAGAUCCUUUGAGGACCAAGUAUCCAUCUUUCUUCAGGAAACCCGAAGAUGCAAAGAACACGAGCUUCCGGUCCACAGACAGCUCGGGUUCAGUGUCGGCAGCAUCGAGGAGAAAGGGGCCAGUGUCGGCUCACGAGUUGCAUUACACGAAGAAUAAAGCAGCAUCAGAGGAUUUGAAAAAGAAAACUUUCUUGCCAUAUAAACAAGGUAUAUUGGGGAGACUGGCCUUUAAUCCCACAGCUCAUGCGCUUGUCAAUGGCUUUGGAUCUCUUGCCCGUUAACCAAACAAUCUUGCUUGUUCUUUCAUUGAUAUCGACGAAAAAGCUGUAGAGCCAUAUGAAUUCUUUCGUUUUGUUUCGAUUCUUGCAAUUGUAAAAGGAUAGUAAAUAUAAUGAUAGCCAUAUUCGAUCAAAGCUCGGAUGUACGCAAUUAUCAUUUCAUUCAGUUAUUUAUAUCAAUUUCCCUUCAUUUGUAGACAUCUCUUUGCCAAUAUAUCAAAUUUUUGUUAA